AUGAAAAUAGCGGUGAGGGAGGCAUGUGAUGGAGUGGAGUCGGGCGAUGGUGGUCCCUUCGGAGCGGUUGUUGCCCGCGGCAGAAAUGUCAUCGCCACCGGACACAACAUGGUUUUGGUGACGAACGAUCCCACAAUGCAUGCGGAAGUGGUCGCUAUCAGAAACGCCUGUAAGAAAAUCGAGCAUCAGGAUGAGAAGACGCAGAUGGUGUCAGUUAUAGACGACACUGGAGAAUUUGUUUCGCUGCUUUCCAGUUUCGAUAGUUAUGGGCAAUGGAUCUAUGGGUUAGAAAUUGCCCUUAAAAAAUUCGUCGUUGGUCAUCCUUAUGUGUUUUAUUCUCACUUUGGUUCCCUUAAUUCGUUGCUUCAAAUGGGUCCAUGCUUAGGUAAUUAUGACCUGUCUGGUUAUACCCUAUAUACUUCGUGCUACCCCUGUCCGAUGUGUAUGGGAGCCUGUCUGUGGGCCCGACUUAGUACCAUCUAUUACGGCGCUACGGCCGAACAGUUGAACCUCACACUGCAGGCAAGCACGCUCGGCUUCGAUGACAAACCAUUCCACGAUUUCCUCAAAAAUCCGGGUUCCGAUGAGAAACGGAAGCUGGAACACCUACCGGUCGGUAACUACUUGCAGCCGUUCGAUUUGUGGGUGAAAAAGGGAGACACUGUCAGGCACUACUGA